CUGUUUUCGCGGUGGAAACUUUAGCGGUGUCGUGCAAACAAUACUGAUACAUCAUGAUGUUCAUCAGUCAGCCAGGGGCAGGGGUAGUGCUGACCAUCAUGGUAAUCAUCACCAUGGCACGACCAACGAUCCAGGAGAAGAUUCAUGUUACCAACAGGCUGAGCAACGAGAUACUGAUAGCGCAUUGCCACUCGAAAGACGACGAUCUUGGCGCCCAUGCCAUCCCCAUCGGUGAGCAAAUCAGUUGGGAGUUCGGGGUCACAGUCGGAACAUAUUUUUGGUGCGACCUCGCGAUCAAAGGUAAGCGUCUUACUUUCGACUCGUACGAUUGGUUCGACACAAGUAAGUAUAGUCAGAACUGGGAUGUCCGUGAUGAAGGGGUUUAUGGGAUACGGGUGAGUGAUGGAGUCACAUUUUUUAUGGCUGCGUGGAAUCAAAUUUAAAUUUAUAAGAUUCAAGGUUGUCAACCCGCGGUUUGCUGUUUUCUGACUGCGGUGAUCUUGGUUGUGGUAUGCACUUGGCCUGCUGGAUAUUGGUGUCUCUUUGGUCCUCUUGUGAACUGGUUUGUUGUUUUGUGUGUGGGCUUCAUUUGGGGCCUUCUUGUAUUUUUGUGACGAGUAGGAGCGGUCUGGUUCGCUUUUCUUCGUCCAUGUUUCCCGUUUCCGUUUUCUUUUCUUUUGUUUCCUUUCUUUUUUGUUUCGUAUUGGGGAUCAGUCCUUUUGAUCUCCUUUGCUUAUCCUUGUAUAGUUUUCUGUGUUGGUUUUCAUAUUGCAAUAAAAGAUCAUCGUCAUUAUCAACAAAAAAAUAGGUUGUCAGUCCGGUUUUAAUUAGACUCUUGGUCUGGUCGAGUAAGUGGGUUGAGAGUUAAUAGUCUGACUAUUUUAGAUCGGUUUAGCCUGAAUAUAUGAAAAUGUCAUUAUAUUGAUCAUACAACUUGAACUUGUACCAUGACGUUAAAGGUACAAGUUCAGGUUAUACCAUAAGAGAAUUUGUAACAUUAUGUUAUGGUCAACUUCAAAUUGUAUCAUAACAUAAAUGUAUAAAUUCAGGUUGUACCAUAAAGAGAUUUGUACAAACGAGUAUAGGUACAACCUGAAGAUGUACCAUAAUAUUAAAGGUACAACUUCAAGUUGUACCUUUUGUUCCAUACAUGUCUCCUGCGCCUCGCUACUAUAGUGAGUUUUAAAUCCCUUCAGCCAUUGGGUGUAGCUCUCCUUCACAGUAUACUCACUAGGAUUGGCUAUACGGUCCGGUCCGGUUAAAUUGACCCGAAUUGAUCCGGUCCCAGUCCGGUUUUUUUUUGGAAUAUAAGUAGCAAAGAUUUGAUUGGAUACAGUCCGAUCUUGACCCGGUCCGGUCCCAAUUUGGUUUUGAUUUUAGAUUGACCUUGUGGGGAUUUGAGUUGGCUGAGGCCUCAAAGGGCGAGGAGUUGCUUAAGUUUUGGGUGUUGGGGUCUCUUGUUCGGUCUUUAUCCGGUUUUGAAUCCGGUCCCAAACGGUUUUUUUUACCUCAAAUCUAAGCCCGAAUAUGAAAUUGAAUUGUUUGCUAUCCUGCCCCGAUCUAGAUUAUACGAUCCGGUUUCGAGUAAAACCAAACAAUCCCGACCAAAUAACUAGCCUAAUACUCACCCUUCUCAUUUGCAUCCGAGAUUAGCUGCAUGUCCCUGUUCCCAUUACCUCUCAAAGGUAUAUAUGGCUAAUGGCUUGAAUAGUGGUGUCAUCAAAGCAUGCCUCCAAAACGUCCCAUUGUUCUUGCUCCAGAUCGAUGAGUUCUCCAACUCUAUCUCCCACUUCCAGGUUCCAGCACCAUGGGUAUAUCCAUGAUAAAAUAAGGAUCUAGUGGGAACCACCUAUCUCCCCAAAUGUUUACAUCAGCCCCAUCACCAAUCCGCCACCUCAGCUCGUCGCACAACAAAUUUUAUUUACUCAUGCGCCAUAUGAAACUUGACUGAUAUCCCACUGCGACAUCUAUUAAUUAGCUCGCAUGAUGUGCGCACUAAACAAGAAGGACGUUACUAAACAAAAAGGACGUUGGUGGAGCCGCCAAAGCUAUUUUGCAAGCAAAGCAGCGUUAAAAUCAUGCAGAUCUCUGAAACCCGAAUUCAGAUAUCGUCCACUACUUGGAUAUUGGAGAACGCUUUUUUAUCUCCAAUCCAACGGUUCAUAAAAAUGAUCCAUUUAAGCAACUGACAAAAAAUUAUUUUUGGGGCCCGCGGACUGAAAAGGGAGCUGACAGAAGAGAGAGUAGGGAAUACAAGUUAUUGAAAAUG